AUGACCCUCGAAGACAUGGUGAUCGAAGACCUUGCCAACAGCAACAUCAUCCUCAGGAAUAAGAUUGCAAACGACCUCGCCAACACGAACAUGGCAAUCGAAGCCACCGUCAUCAAUAAUCUUGCCAACAGCAACACCGCCGUCAAAAACAUGGUCAUCGACGAACUCACCACCAUGAACAUGGUCCUCAACGACCUCGCCAGCUCAAACGUCACCCUCAAAAACAUGGUCAACGACGACCUCGCCAACAGCAACAUCGCCCUCAGAGACAUGGUCGCCAACGACCUCGCCAACAUGAACAUGGCCAUUGAAGCCAUAUUCAUCGACAUUCUUGCCAGCAGCAACAUCACCCUCGCAGAAAUGGUCAUCAACGACCUCGCCAACACAAACAUCGCCCUCGAAGAGAACGAAGAGGCGGACACCGACUGGCCCUUUGUCGGGCGAAAGGGGCCUUUGCCUCCUUCGCCUCCUCCGCGCCAGAGGGAUCCUACCCCGGACGAGGUCACGGAAGAGUUUCUUUCCCAUAUGCUCUAUCCAUUGUUCGGCUUGUCUCGUCACCCAAAUCCACGUGGGGUGUGGACCCUAGAGCAAGACGAGAAAAUCCCCAUCCCCAUCAGCCUCGUACGCAAUCUAGCUGUAUUGGACAAGAACGACCCGCAGUACGUCGAUCACGAAAUCUCUUGCAAACGAAUCAGAGAAAUCCUGCAUCACUGCUACGUGGACGAGCUGGACUAUCGUAAACAGAAUCCCGCCAAACGCUCUUCAGCUGUUCUGUCUAUUCCUCAAUGUAGAGGCUUCGGACAAGAGGUUGAGGCUCUGGGUGUCAGAUUCCCGAUCGAAGGAGAGCUUGAUUUCGUUGUGAACAAUGCCGCGGAGCCAGGCAAUGGCAUCGGUGUUGUCAUCUGCGUCAAUCCGUGGCCGGUGGCCAUCAUCUGGCAGUGUAUCUCAUUCAUGGCACUUUGUCAUAACGCCCGAAAGAGUGAAAACAAACGGCUUACUUCGGUCUACGGCGUUGUGACCAACGGAAAAGAAUUCUACUUCCUCGAGAUCGACGAUAACGACAUGAUCUCAUUCCACCGAACCAUCCUGCAACCCAACAGCGGCGCAAAGACAAACGAGGUGUACUCGUACUUCCGCCGGUUCUUCCGUGACAUCAUGGACCGAAGAAUCACACCUAUACCUGGUACUCAAUUCAAGCCCUCGACCUCCCCUUCUCGCCUCUAUUGA